AUACGCCUCUACCUAUCUUGCAAUUUCGAUCCUGCGACCGACAGACACGCCAUCCUACCCUUUGUGCCAAAAAUAUUGUCACAGGAGGCAAGCUUAUACAUCAUUCUAUCAUUAAUAGCUCGACGUUGCCGCUAUUUUAUUUAUCAAGGCUACUAAAGCCGGUGGCGCUGGGUCAUUGCGGGAACAUACUUAGCUCUUACGCAUUGUAGCCGACUAUAAAAGUUUACGAUCGCAAUGACUUCCCAACAAGUUCUCUUCUCUGAAACCAUUGCGGCAAUGAAGAAGGCACGAAAGCGCAAGGCAUAUGAAUCCGAUUCCGAUUCUGAAAUACACUGCCAUGGUAAUCGGGGGCACAAAUUAAUGAAGAGGGCUAGGUUUGUCCACGAGGGACAGUUGGCACCACCCUCGGGGCCUGAAGUAUAUAAGGAGAUCGUUAACCACGCUGGUUAUCAAAGAGCGAUCAUUAGUCGAAACCCGGUUCUUAUUGACGACGAAGGUUACGAAAUCGAUAGCGAUGACGAUCAAGAAUAUAUCCAAGAUGUUGCCGACGCAGCAGCCGAGUUCAAUCCGUACGCCAACGUGCGACUCGAAAACAUCCUCGCGCCUCUUACCUCUGUUACCGAUCUUCCUACACACCCUACCUUAUCGCGACCUUAUAGUACAAAAACACUCACAGACUUAACGAAGCAAGCCUGUAAUAUCAUGCACAAGGAGAACGCCGCGCUUUGGAAGGUUAAACACUUACAGACAAAGCUAGUGGGAGAUCAUAUCUGGGCCCCCUGCGACAUAAUGCUUGGUCCCAACGAUAUCGAACUGUAUCGUGACGACUAUAUGGAUUCAAAUAGUCAAGCACAAGGGUCUGUGAAGUCAGACACUAACAUGCGCCCAUUAGAAGACACACGAACGAAGACCAACAAAAACAGUGCGGCCACGGGGAAUGAAGACGUUUCUGCAGGACCCGCCGAGGCAAUACCUAACGGAGCAAAGCCUGAUGAUGACACUACGAUGAUUGACGCCGAACCACUUACAGACGAUACAAGUGCACCCGAGCCAACAACAACGCAGAUUGCCAAGGUCAAUGCUGAAGGGCAGAAGCAAAAUAUAGAGGGUGACGCUUUAGGCGGCGCACUAAACGAGUCGAAAGAGAAGGAGACGGGGGUGAACGCAGCCGACACCCAGCAAAAUAUCGUUGCUGGUAUCAAUAUCAACGGGACCAAAGAAACGCACUCUACAGAGUCUACAAGUGGAUUAGCGGCAGGUAGCACUGCAUCGGCCGGACAAGGACAGGUUGAUAAGGCGGUCCAUCAUAAUCAGGUCGGCGAGGAAGCUGAAAAUGAAGGUAGCCGGGCAGUGUCGGUGAUGUCGGUUUUCACGGAGGAAACACCUAUCCACCCCCUCUUCUUACAUCCCCGAUCAGCUCGGCCCGAUAGAGACCUCGGAAUUCCAGAGGCAGAAGCAGAGGAUAUGCGACGGCUGUUGCAACUAUAUGUGCAGAAGCAGGAAGAAGUAUGUCGCGGAGCAAAGCGACUAUACGAAGGACUCCUUCGGGUAGACAGGAUGCGGAAGACAGUCUUACAGUGGUCUAAGUAUGAGGCUCAUGUUGGACCAAACCGUGAUAUGUCGGAUGGAGAGGACUGGUAUGAUAAAGAGGAAUGGGGCUUGGAAGAUGAUUUAAAGAAAGGUGCCGAUGAAGAAGAAGAAGAUACGGCACAACCGACCAAAAAGACAAGGACUCGAAGAUGAUGAUAGCUAAAGGAAUGGAGAGGAGGCUUGUAUGAUGAAGUUUUUAGUUAUCGGAUACCCGGUGAGAUGGUUGGUAGUAGUCCAAUCCAUAAAUGGAAUGAGAAAAAGGUCUCAAUAUAACCUUUUCUUACCUGCUGGACUCUGCCUUAUGGCGUCAGCAUAUUCUCAUCAAACGGGAAUUACGUCGAUUAUAAUGUGAAGCCUGAAGAUACAAAGCAAUAAUCUCGGGACUGCUAUAAGGUACUUAGAUAGUAGUAUAAACUACCUAUACAUGUAUCAUCUCCUAAGCUCGGUCGUCAGUUGCUGGUUGAUGGAAGUAAAUGGUACUACUUAAUAUAAAGUUACAAUGUAAAGUUG